AAAAGACAUCAUGGCCCCCUCAUCGCUCGCUCGCCCCAUGCUCCGCUCGCCGGCUCUGCGCCAGCUUGCCUUCCGCCGCUUCGAGAGCUCGGCCGCCAACAAGGCCACUGAGGCCGCCAAAGAUGCCGCCGGCAAGGCCAAGGAGUACCAGGCAAAGGCUGCGCAGGGCCUGUCGCGCGUCGCGGGUGCCGCUGGCCCAGCCAUUGCCGGCGCCGCUCGUGGCCUGACCAGCGCGCUCAGCAAGGUCGGUGGACGCACCGGCAAGCUCGUCAGCUUCAUUGAGAAGCAAACCCCCAAGGUCGUCUACUACGGCAAGGUCGCCCUCGAGACUGGCAAGAUUGUCUUCCACGCCCAGAAGAUGAGCCCUCCUUCCGUCGCCACCUUCCAGAGCUACUACCAGUCCCUGUGGCAGUCCAUCCAGAGCGGCGCCAUCCUCAGGUCUCCUCAGAACCUCAUCCAGCAGGUCCGCAGCCUGACCCCUGGUCAGCUGGCUGCUGGCGGUGUCAUCUUUGCUGAGUGCCUCGGCUUCUUCACCGUUGGUGAGAUGAUUGGCCGAUUCAAGCUGGUUGGCUACCGCGGAGAGACCGCCUCGCACCACUAA